CGCCCCGCCCCAAUCCCAGCGUCCCCCGCGCAAGAUGGCGGCGCCCACGCUGCGGCGGCGCUGCGCCCGGGCGGCGGAGCUGUGGGGCGGCCUCCGCCCGGGUCCGCUACCGCUACCGCUCCGGCGGCGAGCUCACGAGAGGCCGCGGCGGGCCCGGGGCGCCGGGGGGCUGCUGGCGGCGCAGUGCGAGCGCGGUCUCUUCCAGGAGGUGUUCCCGGCGCAGAGCGCGGAGGAGCAGCUGCUGGAGCUGCUGGAGCCGGGCCGCCCGCCCCUCACCGCCUACUGUGGCUUCGACCCCACGGCCGACUCGCUGCACGUCGGGCACCUGCUGCCCGUCGUGGCGCUCCUCCACUUCCAGCGCGCCGGCCACGACGUCAUCGCCGUGGUGGGCGGGGCCACGGCGCGCCUGGGGGACCCCACGGGCCGGGAGCGCGCGCGGGAGCCGCUGUCGGCGGAGCGGGUGCGGGCGCACGCGCGGGGGCUGCGCGCCGGCCUGGGGCGGCUGUUCGAGAACCACCGGGAGCUGUUCUGGGCGGCGGGCGGCGGGCGGCUGGGGCGGGCCGCGCUGCUGGACAACACCGCCUGGCUGGGCCGGCAGCCGCUGCUCGACUUCCUGGGCGGGGCGGGCGGGCGGCUCCGCAUGGGCGCGCUGCUGAGCCGGCAGAGCUGCCAGGCGCGGCUGCGCAGCGCCGAGGGCAUGAGCCUGGCCGAGUUCCUGUACCCGGCGCUGCAGGCCUACGACUUCCUGCACCUGCACCAGCACCACGGCUGCCGCGUCCAGCUGGGGGGCGCCGACCAGAUGGGCAACAUCAUGUCCGGCUACGAGCUCGUCACCAGGAUGACGGGAACAGAUGUGUUUGGAAUUACUGUACCUCUUAUUACCAGUACUACUGGAGAUAAAUUGGGAAAGACUGCUGGCAAUGCAGUUUGGCUAAACAGAGAUAAGACUUCUCCAUUUGAACUGUAUCAGUUUUUUGUCAGACAACAGGAUAACGUAGUUGAAAAAUACCUGAAACUCUUCACCUUCCUUCCUCUUGAGGAGAUUGACCACAUCAUGGAAAUGCAUGCUAAAGAACCUGAAAAAUGGGGCCCUCAGAAACGACUUGCUGCAGAAGUAACCAAGCUCGUUCAUGGUAGAGAGGGGCUAGAAUCUGCUAAGAGGUGCACUAAGGCCCUUUAUUACAGCAGCGUGGAGGCACUGGAAGCCAUGUCUGACCAAGAGUUACAGGAACUUUUUAGACAAGCUCCUUCAGCUGAAUUGAUGCUUGAACCUGGAAUGAGUGUUCUUGACUUGUGUCGCAAAGCAAAUGCCAUUCAGGAUGGACCUAGCGGGUACCAGAAAAUUAAAGAUGGUGGAGUUUCAAUAAAUGGGAUUCGUGUGACUGAUCCCGAGACAGUUCUUAUUCUUGGACAGCAUAUUCUCAAGAAUGGAGUAUCAUUACUUAGGAUUGGAAAGAAAAAUUACUACAUUAUAAAGUGGCUGCAGUUGUGACAACAGAGUAUCUCCCUAAAACGACAGAUCGUUUCAGCUUUGCUGCUUGAAGAAGUACUUGAAGAUGUUUCUAUACUGUGCAUUACUACACAGCUCACAAACUGCCUGAUACCAUAGUGUUAUUUUCAAAUUACACCAGCAGAGUUCAGAUAAAGGCAGUUAAGUUACACCACUGAAGAGAUUUUUAGCUACUCUGCCUUAUUCAAAGCACCAUUCCUAAGAGGAUAUGCACAAGAGGAAAAGAUUAAUUUCAGAGUCCAAAGAUGGAGAUGCUCUUCCCUUUUAACAACCUGUGUUGUAGGACAACAGUGUCCAGGUACUCCACAGCAUAAUCCACAGCAAGAUGCCUAAAGUAUACUUAAAACCGGUAGUUCCUACAAAGGAUGUAUGCUGCUAUCCAGUUGGACUUCAUCUUAACAGAGAAACCUGCAUAAUUGGUGUGACUCAUCAGUGUGGGUGACACUCAUUCUGCUUCUUCAGUCCUGUGAACUACAUGGAUGGAUCUGUGCUAUCUACAGUCUCUUUCGAAGGUAGACCCUGGCACUAGUUCUGCGGGCUCUACAGUCAGUUGCAAGGUGCUGUAUUAUGCCAGGAGAUUUGAAGCAUGUACAUUAAAGAUUUUAAUUUUAGCUGCCUAGGACUGGUGGGUGAACAGCAGCAGAAAGGUAUCUGGAACAGAAAACAUGUGGGGGAAGCUGUAGUGCUUUUGCAGUUAAAAAAAGUCAGACCCUUCAGACAGGGCAACGUGCAAAAGCUGCACUUCACCCAAGAGCAGGAAGCGAUCUGACUGCUGCUUGGCCUAGCCACCAUCGGGGAGCGUAGUUUUCUUGUAAAGACAGCAUGACAGUGAGAAUGUACUUCCAAGACUGGUAGAACAGCAACAUCUGUACUUCAAAGUAAAAUUGCUUUAUUGCUCCAAAACACACUCAGACACCCCACCCCCCCCCCCCCCUUUAUUUUAUUGCUAUCCACUUACAUACCUGGAGUCAAAUAAAUAUGGAGUAUAGUGCCUUGCUAAAUUCCCUGCCCAUGGUGGUGUUUGGGAUUGGGUUGGCAAUACAGGUGCCACAGUACUUACAGCCAGGUCACCUGAACAACAAAACCCACAUGUGGUUACCAAGAUUAUUUAUAGUACAAGUCUGUAUUUAAAUUACUUUAAAUUGAGUGGUACAAUAGAGUCAUGUAGUUGGCUGGCUUAGAAUUUUUUUUUAUUAAGGCCCCUCCCUGCUCCAGUGCAAAUACUUAUGAAACCCUCAGCCUGAUCUAGGAAGUGACUGAUUGCAGUGUUGUGUUCAAGGUUUAGAGUAGCCCUCACUCUUUGGCCAAGGAGAAUAAUUUCCUAGUCUGUGAAAGUCCUAGACAAUAGAAUUUUGCAGUCAGAAGGGGAAGAGACCUUAAUCUGAGCUACCUGGAUGUGGUAACUCAUCACCAUCUCUUAUGUUAGAGUAAGUCAUGGUAUUUCAACUGGCUUAAAACCACCAAGCCUACAAGAAGAACGGGGAAAUAAUUAGAAGCGUCAACAAGUCUCAAGAAUCCAGACAGAUAUUCUAUAGUUGGGCAGAGAGCUUCUGUUUUUUCAGUUGUUUGGGUUUUUUUAACUUGAUAUUGAUUGACUUGAUGUUGGAUUUGUUGUCAGUCAAAACUUCAGUAGUAAUAAACUGUAGUGGCUUGCUGCUUAUA